AUGAGUUCCCAAGAGCCUCCCAGGAGGCGAGAGUCACGCUCGGGGACUAGAAAGGUAUCCACAUUAUCCACGGAACAGCUCGAGCGGAAACGUGCCAACGAUCGAGAAGCCCAACGAUCUAUUCGCCAGCGCACGAAGGAACAUAUAGAGCAACUUGAGGCUCAAGUUGCCUCCUUUCAGUCACAGAUCGAGGAGAUGAGGCUCCGAACCGAUCGAUUCGAUGAAGUCAUGCAACGAAAUGCAUUGCUGGAAGAAGAAAUGAGUCGUCUGAAGCAACAGAUAGCUUCUCUCACUGGGCGACCGGAAUACGUUGCCGACAGUGAGUCGAUGGGUCCUUUUCGAAGUGGCUGGACUAUGGAGGGCGCCCAGAGCAACACUCCAUCCGAGAUCUCCACAGCAGGGACCUUGCUAUCGCCGCACUUUGCCCCAUCCUCGAACCCCAGAACGCCAUCAGCCCUUUCGGCGUCGAGUCGGGCUUCUCAUCAGCAUGACUGGCAACAAUACCCCUCCGCGAGAUCACCAUCCCUGGGUGCAUCCUCCAACCCAGAAUAUCCCAGCCGCAUGGAUUCGUACGUGAUAGACGGCCAGCUUCAUCAAGGACAGCGCAUUUUUCCACCCUCGAUCCCUGGCACAGCACCUCAUAUCAGCUUCGGUGGCCCAACAGACCAACAACAGUCUGCUCCUCCCUUCUCUCAACCCUCUUAUGGCAGCCGAUCGCUCUCUAUGCCGAACGCCAGUUCCGUAUCCCAACCAACCUCCGAAUCCUUCCAACCCUCAGGCUCAGCGUACCCGCAACAAAUGCCGCAACAGCAGCAACAACAACAGAGUGAAGGGUAUGACUACAAUCCUCAAUGGACAUCUCAAUCAUGA